AUGAUUGUUGCUGUUGAUGUUGAUGUUGCUGUUGAUUUUGAUAUUGUUGAUUUUGAUUUUGAGUCUGUGACUGUUGAUGAAUUUGUGGUGGUAAUAAUGGCUGGUGAUGGUGUUGUUGUUGAGUUGAAGAUUGAAAAAUUGAUUGUUGAUGUGGCAGUGGUGCUUGCUGGAACAAUUGUGGCAGUUGUUGCAUUGGUUGUUGUUGUUGAUUAUGAGGUAGUUGUUGUUGCAUUUGAAAUUGUGACUGUGGUUGAAAUGAUGGCAUUUGUGAUUGUGUAA